AUGAGUGUCUCUAAAGGUGACAAAGAAAAGAUAUUUGAAAAUUCCAUACAAAUCCAAGUUGACAUUUCAUCAAAACUAACUAUGGAAAGUCAGGAACGAAUUGAAGAAAGCGAAAAUGAAUCUCUCUUUGGUGGUGACUUUUCAGAUAGGGACCCGCCGUAUUUACCUUCUAAUCUAGAUCGCCCUACUACACCUGAAUCUGACGAUUCAGAAUUUAUACAAUUGGAUGAGUUGUUAAAUCCAGACAGAUAUUUAACUAAAGAAAAUAAUAUAAAAGAAAUGCGAAGUAAAGCUAUAGCCUUAUUGUUUGGCAAAACAAAACAACUUCCUAAAAUAAUGAAUCCCACAGAUGCUGUAAAGCACCGCAAUAGUUUGGGACAGUAUUCAAAAGAACAGGACCCGCGCGGUCGUCGUGAGCCUCCAAAUAAAACGUCGCCUGAGAUGGUAGAAGCUGUUAAAAAGCACAUAGCAUCAUUUCCUAGCAUGAAAAGCCACUAUGUGCGAAAGAAGUUGAAACGCAGAAAUAGAAACACAGAAGGCGAAAAAGUGAACUGGCUCAAGAUUAAACAUAUGAAGUAUAUGAAAGGAGACAAUAGGAUUAACUAUAAUUAUGACAUGUCUAAUGAGUUUAUGAUAUUGGAUGUUACUACAUCCAUGAAAACCAACUUGCAAAUUACGAAGACCCCUUUACCUUACGCAAACCAUGGUUAUGCAACCAGAAACAAGGGUAAGCAACAAGAAGUAGUUGAUGAAAUAUCUAUGCAGCCACCCAGUUCAGGAGCUAUCUUUCCACCCUUACAGCAGAUAUACAGUGGACGUCUCCCUAUAUCCAUAGCUAAGAAGAAGGAUCUAAUUUAA